CAUGUUCAUCUUCUGAUUAUGAAAAAUCGACGUUUUCUUCUGUCAAUUCAGGUCCUCGUUUACCGUAACAGGAAAUAAACACUCUGCUUUUGGACUAUACUAGUUCAAUGCAUGAUUCACAUGCAUUCACCUUCGUUAUUCCUUUCUUUUCUUGGUAAUUUUUCAAACUUUCUUUUCACAGUAAAUAUUUCAAUUUUUUUCCCUUUACACGCUUCUGAAUCUAUAAUAACCUUAUGAUUUCUAUCUCAUGGGGGAUGAACCCUAAUUUCAAUUUAAUCCCCAAUUUUCUUUAAAUCUUGAUACCCCAAUUGUGUGUUAGUAUCAGAUUUCGAUAACAAAAUGGAUCACGACCCUAAAUCCAACACAACCCCUUUGUUAUCUUCGAAAAGAGCUACAAAGCUUCAAACUUUAGGGAAUAUUAUUGUCACUGUAGUUGGAACUGGUAUUUUGGGUUUACCCUUUGCUUUUCGGAUUGCUGGUUGGGUUGCUGGGUCUAUUGGUGUUGCUAUCGUUGGCAUUUCAACUUACUAUUGCAUGCUUUUACUUGUUUGGUGCAGAGAUAAGUUGGCAUUAGAAGAGCCGUUAGUGGAAUCAAGAUCAUAUGGAGACCUUGGUUACAGAUGCUUUGGAGCAUUGGGUCGGUUUGUUACUGAAUUAUUACUUGUGGUUGCACAAUGUGCAGGAUCUGUUGCGUAUUUGAUAUUUAUUGGGCAAAACCUUGAUUCUGUAUUCCAAAGAAAUGGACCACCAAUUACCUCCUACAUAUUUAUGCUUGUACCGGUUGAAAUUGGAUUGUCAUGGAUAGGGAGCUUAUCAGCUUUAGCACCAUUUAGCAUUUUUGCUGAUGUGUGCAAUGUCCUAGCUAUGGGAAUUGUAAUGAAAGAAGAUGUACGGCAGACCUUAGAUGAUGGAUUUCCAUUUAGUGAAAGAACGGCAAUCACAUCGAACAUUGGGGGGUUGCCAUUUGCAGCAGGCAUGGCCGUGUUUUGUUUUGAGGGGUUUGGAAUGACACUUGCCCUAGAGAAUUCUAUGCAGGAUAAAUCUAAAUUCCCAAAGUUGUUGGCUCAGACUUUUAGUGGGAUAACACUUGUAUAUAUUCUUUUUGGGUUAUGCGGUUACAUAGCUUUUGGCGAAGAAACCAGAGAUAUUGUGACCCUUAAUCUCCCUAGAACUUGGUCAUCUCUUGCUGUACAGGUAGGAUUAUGCCUGGGGCUUAUGUUCACAUUCCCAAUCAUGUUACACCCAAUUAAUGAAAUUAUAGAAGGAAAACUCAAAAGCAUCCGCAGAAACAACAAUAGUGAUUCAACAGGACUAGGCAAAAUUACAAUAUACAUCAGUCGCGCUAUUGUGGUGAUUGUGCUGGCUGUCGUAGCUUCGUUUGUGCCAGAAUUUGGUGUAUAUGCCUCAUUGGUGGGGAGUACCUUGUGUGCAAUGCUCUCGUUUGUUUUGCCAGCUACAUUUCAUCUAAAACUAUUUGGCUCUUCUCUAUGCAUCUGGCAAAAAGUCCUUGAUUAUAUUGUAUUAAUCACUGGAUUAUUUUUCGCUGUGUAUGGAACUUACAACAGUUUUGUUGGAGUUUGAUGCAUAUAUUGUAGAAGCAAAAAGUCCUUGAUUAUUUUCUCAAAAAAAAAAAGUCUUUGAUUAUUAGAUUUGUAUAAAUAACUGGAUUAUUUUCAGCUGUCUCUUUAACUCACAACAAAAUUGUUGGAGUUUGAUGCAUAUAUUGUAGAAAUACAUGUACUCUUGUUGAAGCUUUUAUAAAACUCAAAUGGUGAUUUUAUGCAGCA